GUCACUGUCAUAAACACAUUUGUUUUUAGGUUAGGUACCUAUGUUUGGAUAACUUUCAGUUAGUAGUAUACCUAAUUAAUUACCUAUCUACCCGUUCUAUUACUUGCGGAGCUAAAAAAUACUAAAAUAAGAACAUGUCCAAAAGACCGGAGCAUCAAGCACCGCCAGAAGUGUUUUAUAAUGAAGAUGAAGCCAGAAAAUAUACUCAAAACUCAAGGAUCAUUGACAUUCAAGCACAGAUGACAGAAAGAUGCUUAGAACUGCUCUUAUUACCUGAAGAUUCUCCUUGCCUUCUCUUAGAUGUUGGAUGUGGAUCUGGGCUUUCAGGAGCAGUACUUGAAGAAAAUGGACACUUAUGGAUUGGAAUGGACAUUUCUCCAGCUAUGCUAGAUGUUGCUGUGGAACGUGAAACAGAAGGAGAUCUGGUGCUAGCUGACAUGGGAGAGGGAGUGCCAUUUAGAGCUGGCUGUUUUGAUGGAGCGGUUUCAGUCUCUGCCCUCCAGUGGCUAUUCAAUGCCGACAAGAAAUCACAUAAACCUGUCAAAAGACUGCACACAUUUUUCAGCACUUUGUAUGCUGCAUUGUCAAGAUCAGCUAGAGCAGUGUUUCAGUUUUACCCUGAAAAUGAAAGUCAGAUAGAAUUGCUCACAGGGCAAGCAAUGAAAGCGGGUUUUUAUGGAGGUGUAGUCAUAGAUUAUCCAAAUUCAGCCAAGGCCAAGAAAUUCUACUUGGUACUCAUGACUGGUGGUGCAAGCCCAUUGCCACAAGCUUUAGGUACUGAUGAAUCAGAUGAUAGUCUUCAAGUGAAAUAUGCCAGACGAGAAGCAACUAAGAAUGCGCGUGGUAAACCUCUUAAAAAUACAAGAGCCUGGUUGCUAGAGAAAAAAGAAAGAAGAAGAAAACAAGGCAAAAACACAAAACCUGACACAAAAUACACAGGCAGGAAGAGAAGUGGGAGAUUUUAAAUAAAACAUUUUGUGUGUACAAUAUGUAACUACUAUUAUUACUAAGAUUAAAUUAUUUUUACAAAAUGAUAA